AUGUGCAAACUUAGCAUUAACGGCGUCAACCAUUCCGACGAUGAAGAAGAUGAGGUUAGUAGCAACUUUUAUCUUUUCGAUAGUGAUGCACAAGGUGCUAUAAAUGAACUAAUUGAAGAAUGCAAAAUUCUGUAUAAAACUAUAUCAUCUCAAAAGAAAACAAUUUUAUCGUUAGAAGGAAAAAUCGUGACAAUUGAAAAAGAUGUCAACGAUGAAAAACAAAUGAUGAUUAGUGAAAAACAGAACGUUGUAUGCAAAAACUGUGAGUCACUUUCAUUCCAAAUUGUCCAACUAAAAAGAGUUCUUGAAAGAUAUGAAAAGGGACAAAUUGGAUUGGAAGGAGUCCUUAGCCAACAAAGAUACUCAAACGAUAAAAGUGGUAUUGGUUACUCAAAAGUUUACAAACCAAGUACAAGUAAAACCAUUUUUAUUAAGGCUAAGGAUCAACCAUCCAAAGAGAAAGUAUGCUUGAAAACCACUUCAAACCUCUGGUAUCUUGACAGUGGGUGUUCCAAGCAUAUGACGGGAGAGAUAAACAAAUUUUCAAAUCUAGCAUUAAAGGCCAAGGGUUAUGUCACAUAUGGUGAUAACAACAAAGGGAGAAUUCUUGGCAUAUGCAAAGUUGGAGCACCCCCUUUCACAUCCAUUGAAGAUGUUCUUUAUGUCGAAGGACUAAAGCAUAACCUUCUAAGCAUUAGUCAACUUUACGACAAGGGCUUCAAAAUCAAAUUUGCACAUAUUCAUAUGGAACAUUUGAAUAAGCUUAUAAAGCAUGAUCUUGUUAUUGGUUUACCCAAGAUAAAAUUCGUCAAAGAUAGGCUUUAUGAUGCUUGUCAGAAGGGGAAACAAACCAAAUCAACUUUCACAUCAAAGAAUAUGGUGUCCACUACAAGAUACACUUGGACCUUCUUGUUAGUGCAGAAAAAUGAUGCAUUCAAGGCGUUCAAGAAAUAUGCGAAGCAAAUCCAAAAUGAGAAAUCGCUAACUAUUUCCUCCAUUAGAAGCGACCAUGGUGGAGAAUUCCAAAAAUCCCCCUUCGAAGAGUUCUGUGAAGAAAAUGGAAUCUUUCAGAAUUUCUUGGCACCAAGGACUCCUCAACAAAAUGGAGUGGUGGAGAGAAAGAAUAGACCUAUCUUGAAAAAGUCUCCUUAUGAACUCUUCAAAGGAAGGAAACCCAACAUAUCUUACUUUCACAUCUUUGGAUGCAAAUGCUUUGUCCUCAACAAUGACAAAGACAAUCUAGGUAAGUUCGAUGAGAAGUCCGACGAAGGUAUAUUUCUUGGAUAUUCUCUUACUAGUAAAGCUUUUAGAAUAUAUAAUAAAAGAACUUUAAAAAUUGAAGAAUCAAUGCAUGUUACCUUCGAUGAAUCUAACCCCUCCAAAGAGGAUAUUGUUUUGUGUGAUGAUGAUGAUGAUAUUGUAGAGGUCCCUCAAAUAGAUACUUCAAGUGGAAAUAAUGGUGAUCAACCAAAACAUCAAGAUGAGCAAGAAGCAAAUGAUAAUGAUCUACCUAAGGAAUGGAGAACUCAUCGGGAUCAUCCAAUUGAUAAAGUCAUUGGUGAUAUCAGUUAA